AUGUUUUUGAAUAACGAAGAGUAUUACCAGGCUGACAUUUGUAUGGCAAACUACACAGAUGAAUUCACACGGUGUGGCAAUCAGGUUAUGCAAGACAAUUAAGGAAACCAAAGAAAUUCACAAGAUCAGGACAAUGGAACAGAACAGGAAAAGAAUAAAACUGAAGUAGAGAAAGAAACCAGCUCGGUUCUAGCAAGUGCACGCGGUGGAAUCCCAUAGGAGCGCUGGAAGGUUGUCAAAGAGCAAAGCGUGUUGUUUCUCUUGUUUAAAGCGAAGAAAAGGUCACCGUUGAUUAUGCAGUGAUCACACAACAGAAGAAAAUAUUGGCUGUAGAAAUUAACUGCGGUUGAGAAAUCAGACUUGAUUUAACCAGAACGACUACAACCUACACAUUUUCGUUUUAUUAGUUUUCUUAUAAAUGUUUGGUGAAUCACAGGUAAAAAGUGUUGAGCAUUUGCUGUAGUGAGAGGUAAUUGUAAUUCUUUAGGAAAUCACACUAGUUUUCAGCAGUGCGGGCCAUACACAAUUCUGUCUAUAUGAUGACGUCAUCAAGAUAGCGUCCUGGCACAAUUCUCGAGAACUUAUACCCACCCUAAAAUUUUGUCCCAGUAUUUUUGUCUACAGCUGUUUGGUCCCUUGAAUCCCAGUUUUUCUGAAAGAGGACAGACAGAGCUUCCAUUCAAAGCAAUCAGAAAUGGCGUCGGUUGAAAUGUGCUGAAGAAAUCUGCAUUCAAAGUCAAACUGUUGCACCUAAAUUGAGCUCAGAAAGGCUCACAUGCUACAAGGAAAAAGGAAAUUUGAGGUAGGGAAGAUUUUUUUAGCCAAAAAAAAAUACUGUGGUAUUCUUUGAUGAUUGGGCGUCAAACAUAUCAAAGCAGAAUUCAAGUGUACGGCGGUUUAGUUCAAGUACAUGGCAGUUGAAGUGCGACUCUUAGUAUUGCCCUUUACCACCAUUGCUUGUUAAAGGGUAAUUGCUUCUGCUAUUCUAAAGGUUCUAUUUUGCUCUUCUUUUCAGUUGGUGGAUAGUCGUAUUAUAUUCGUUUUAGGCCUUGAUUUUUCGUCUCUAUACAUGCAAAAGAAGAAUUACAAGUCAGCUGUUUAGAAAGAAUGACGUCGUUUGAAUGUGGCGAGGAAAGCCUCUUUUCAAGUUAUUGGUUGUAUCUUGAUGACAUGCUGUGACACGAAUGAGAAGUUAAGGUUACUUAAGAUGCUUUUGUGACCAGGUUUAAAGACGUGACAUGGAAAUAGGCUUUAGACUUGUUUAUUGGGCAGUGAAUUAUUUAGCAUUAAGAUACAUACAUAAGGUUUCAUAGAUGCAUUUUCCUUUUUGUCACACUACCACUCCUUACAUCAAAAUCACAAGAAUUAUAUUCCCUGUAUUGAUAGAUUCCUUAUAUUCAUUAUAGAAUGAAAAGCAUUAAAUCCCAAACCAUGAAAGGUAACUUAAUGUUUUCUUUUUAUUGUAUUUUCAAAAGGUGUGCAAGUGGCACUCCCUUCUGGAAAGCAAAUGACAUGAAGGGCUAUAUUAUUAAAUGGCACAUUUGAUCUGCCAGCAUGGUGCUUAGUGACUGUGGCCUGUGUGAGGAACCAGGAGAGACUGCAAGAUCGGGCAAUGGUUUUUCUCAUGUUUACUGUAUGUCUCAUGAGAGCCAAAACCACGAGUGGCCAUGCAAAAGUGCGUACCAGAGUCCACUAAUGAUAAUUGCUCAGAGAUCCAUCAUCAGUGCCUCUACAGUACGAGACAGUAUUUAAAUAAGCACAUCCUUGAUUAAGCAGUAGAGCUGAAUCUUUUAGUUAAGUUGCAAGAUGUUUUUUACUCUUUCUGAUGUUAAAUGGUAACAGUUUUUAUCAUUAUUGUAGGUCCAAGGUGUGAAAGGAGUAGCAAUGUUAAGCUACCUUCCAAAUUUUAACAUCAUCAAUGGCAUACCCGUUGAUUACAUGCAUGGUGUACUGCUCGGUGUGACAAAGUCUCUUUUAAACUUUUGGUUCUGUUCCAAGUACAGUCAAGAUGAGUGGUACUGUGGCAAUAGAGUUUCUGACAUUGACAAAAUGCUGAUGAAAAUAAAGCUCCGAAAUAACAUCACAAGGACGCCUAGGAGCAUUGAGCACCAUAGAAAAUAUUGGAAAGGUAUAUUGAUUUAAUAAGAAAUACAACUGUUAAAUAGUCCAAAUGAAAAUUAUUAUUCCUUACUCUACAAAAAUGUACUGUUUGUGUAAUGCUUAACUAAAAAGCUUUCUUGUUUAUUAUUCAGCAGCCUCUGAAUUACGAUCAUGGUUGUUCCAUUACUCAGUUCCAAUAAUGUCUAAUUUCCUGAAGUUCUGUUACCUCCACCACUUCAUGUUAUUGGUGAAGGGAGUAUACAAUCUUUGCAAGGACUCCGUUUGUGUGGGAGACAUAAAAGAGUCAUCUGUUCUUUUGAAGACAUUUGUCUACUAAAAGGACAAGUUCUAUGGUGAGGGCAUGAAAGAUGUUGAUACAGAGGAGGGGGAGUAGCUGGUUAUGUCAAUGUACGAUUCUUUAUUUAGUGACAGCAGAAAGUAAAAUCCAUCAAAACUAUAUGAUGUACUUGUAACGAACACAAUAAUUAAUAUAUUCAGAUAAUUUUCUUUAUAGCCAUUGAAUAAGGAUAAGAAUGAUAGAAGACAUCAAGUCAACACUGUCUAUUUCUGCUGCUCUUGUUGUAGGAAUCACCUGCCCCAGUGUGUCAUCUGGGAUGGACCUCUGGGCAUUUUCCCGUUUCUCAUAUGAAGAUGCCAAUGGGAAACUGAGGAAACUAUUCCAUCGCACUCAGCAUGUUGAGAUGCAGGUAGAUCAUGCAUUUUUUUCUCUUACAGAAAUGUGUAACUGACUGCUUUGGGGGAUGUUUAUACCCUUUGAUUGUUUCUUCAUUACAGGCUAGCCAUUUGGGAAGGAAUUUGGGUCCUAAACAGCUAGGUGUUUUUGCUAGAAAAUGUUAACAAUAAAAUGUUAUUAGUACUAUAUUAUGAAAAAAUGAUUGGCAUUAAAAUGACUUGGUAGUGACAAAUGAUUGAAACUGUUUACUUAAGCAUAACCUUACAGGAAACGGCGUUCCUUGUUGUCCCUUUUCAAGGGUAAAAUGAGAAUAAAAAAAAUAAAGUUAACCUUUUUUCUGUUUGUAUUCAAAGAUUGUUGCUGCUGCGUCACUCACAACCAAGCGACCCACAUUAGCCAACAGAGUUCCUGAGAAUUCACGAGCCCAAUCAGUUUACAGGAGACUGAGAAACACUUGUCCAUUGUCAAUG